UACACUUUGCUCUGCCAUUCUCUUUCUCUGCCCAAGCUCAUACUCUGUUGUUGAACUCAGAAGCUCUCUUAUUUGGCUUCCAGAAUAUGUGGCUACUGUGCGUAACUCUACAGCUGGAGAAGAUAAUGAAUCUUUUCAUCUGCACUCUGGCCUUCUUGAUCACCUUUUGCUGCUUCUGGAAUGUAGAUGGCCGCCCCUACGAUGCCAUCAUCCACGUGGAAAAUGGGGGGCCAUGGGGUUAUUGGGGAAAACGAGAAUAUUGUUCCCUUGGUCAUGCUACUGGUUUUGCAUUGAAGGUAGAGCCCUAUCAAGGUGGCAAAGAGGGGCAAGACGAUACAUCCCUGAAUGGCAUCCGCCUGCUCUGCAAAGAUGAUUCAUUUAUUUCAUCCAUGGUUGGGAAGUGGGGUGCUUGGUCCGAGAUUCAUCAGUGUAAACCACCAAACAAGCUGGUGUCCUUCUCUCUGAGAGUAGAAAUGCCCCAAGGGUUUGGUGAUGACACAGCAGUCAACAACAUUCGGUUCUUAUGUAGUGACACUUCUGUACUGGAAGGUAACUCCCAUGAAUGGGGUCAUUUUGGCCCAUGGAGUCCUGCCUGCCCUGGCAGUACCUUUAUAUGUGGGAUCCAGACAAAGGUGGAGAUUUCACAAGAGUCUGAGGAUGACACUUCACUUAAUGAUGUCAAAUUCUUCUGUUGUAAGAACUGACAAUUUACAUACUGGUAUUUAUGUAGGUCUCUGUGACAUUCAUUUAUCCACCAUUAAAUCUUAUAUUUAAAUGGA